AAGGAAAAUUAAUCCACUAAGCAUUGAGACUUGAAAGGCGACAGAGCAGAGUGAAAAAGUUAAAAUUAAGAAUCGAAUAAUUACAAAAAGAAGUUAAAAUGAAAUUGUUAAUAAUUGCCACUUGUUUGGUUGCUGCUUUUGCACAAAGAAAUCCAAAUCCUUGCGAAGGUGUUGUUUCACCACCUCCCAAUAUUUUCCGUAAUGAUUAUGCUUCAUGCGAAUCAUAUUUUUGGUGCGAUGGUGAAAAUGCAGUUGCUGCAGACCCAUGUGAAGACUCGUAUUAUUUUGAUGAAGCAGCCCAAGUAUGUGAUUCAACUGCAGAAUGCCAACAAUGCCCUGCAGAAGGCUCAAUUGCAGUUGCUAUUGUAAGUGAUAAUGAAUGUCUUACAUACAACUGGUGUGUUGAUGGAGUUCGAGAUGAUGAAAGUAGAUUCGUAACAUGUCCAACUGGAACAAGAUUCAACAGAGCUUCAGGUGUAUGCGAUCUUGCUGCAAAUGUCAGAUGUCCUGGACAUACACCAGCUCCAGAAACCACACCAUCACCAAGCGCCCGCUGCCGUGACGAAGAAGAUAAUCAAAUUCAUGGAAAUAUUGCAUACAGCGCAUCAUGUUCUGCAUUCCAAUUUUGCAACAACGGCGUGCUUCUUGACGAAGUUUUCACAUGUGUCAGUGGUUUACAUUUCAAUCCUUCAAUCGGCAACUGUGAUUUGCCAGAAAAUUUGGAUGAACCAUUGAUUUUCGUUUUGAUAACGUUGCUGGCUUUAUCUGGAGCAUCUUUAGCUCAAAGAAAUCCAAAUCCUUGUGAUGCUGCAGCCCCGGGUGAUUUUGUUCAGGACUACACAUCAUGCAGUGAUUAUUUUUGGUGUGACAGCGAAGGCCAACCGAUCAGUACAGGGCCAUGUCCAGUUGAUCGUCCUAUUUUUGAAGAAGGAACUCAAAAUUGUGUGAGUGGUGCUGCUUGUGAUGUGUGCCCAACAGGUGCUGACUUACCAAUUGCUGUUGGUGUUGAAGGUGACACAACAUGCACACAAUUUCAAUGGUGUAGAGUUGACCCUGCUGAAGUGGACCCACUUGCUCCUGUUCUUAUUGGAGUUAGAGACGAUCCUGAUACAUUUGAGACAUGUCCAUCUAGCCUUCGCUUCAAUCGAGGAUUAGGUGUAUGUGACAGACCUGAGAACGUAAACUGCCCAUCUGCUGGACCUCCAGGAGCUGCUCCAUGUCCUCCAGCACCAGAAAGUGGCAAUGUUGAAAUGCCACCAGGAUGUGAUACUUUCAUUGCCUGUAAUGCAGGAGUUGCUGAUCCAACAGUUCGUACAUGUCCAAGUGGUCUGCAUUUCAAUCCUCUUACUGGUAAUUGUGAUCUUCCUGAAAAUCGUGAUCCUCCGUGUGAUGAGUCUGCCCCAGUUGUUACAUUUGGAGUUAUCCCAAAAGCUCCCAAUGCAUCUAAUGCACCUAAACACGCUUCACAAAGUGUAGUGUGGAAAAUUCUCAAAAUAUUUCAAACGAAAAGAAGAAAAAUGAUGAAAUUUUUAAUUACGGUACUUGCUUUGAUAUGUUUAACAAUUAAAACGCUGGCACAAAGUGAAAAUCCUUGUGAUGUUUUACCACCUCCAGGAGAUGGUUUAGUGAAUGAUCCCAGCUCAUGCCCAGCUUACUUUUCAUGUGUAAGAUUUACACCAUUUUCAUUGGAAUGCCCUUCACCUUUCUAUUUUGAUCCAACACGAGGCGUUUGUGAUUUUCCAUCAGAAGUUGACUGCAACAAUUGCCCUGCAUCGGGAAUACUUGCGGUUGCCGAUCCAGAUUCAUGCAGACGGUGGAGUUUAUGUGUGAAUGGUGUGGUGUUGCCACAAGAAUGUGCGCCUGGAACUUACUUUGAUCCUGAUGCUGGAAAAUGCAAUUUAGCUGAAAACGUUGCUUGCACAUCUGCAUCAUCAUGUUCGUCACUUGAUGGCGGUACUGGACUUGUACCUGAUAUCAGAGAUUGCAACUCUUUCCAUUAUUGUUUCGAAGGAUCACAAAUUUCUCAAGGUAGAUGUCAUCCUGAUUUGGCAUUCGAUCAACUUCAAAAUCGCUGCGUUCUUCGAAAUGAAGUCAACUGUUAUCCCGGAGCUUCUUUGUAACAUUUUUAUUAUAUUCCCUUAACAUAUUCAAUAAAUUUGCUUGUGAAAACUUGAACUCACUUCGAGUUUCUAGAAAUUUCUUUCAAAGUUGAAACAAUUGCAGAGAAGAAAAGGAAA